AUGACAAUGUUAUUCAAGUCAUCCAACUCGAACGAUCGAUGCUCACCGCAUGUGAACGAUCUUCCUAUAUUGUUCGACCGAGUGUGGCCAAAUGUAGCCGUAGGUCAAGUAUCAGCUCUAUGGGAUUACAGGGCUAGAACAGAAGACAAUACCACAUUUGACAAAGGAGAUAUGAUGAGUCUGAAUGAUGCCAGUGAUGAAGACUCGUUAAAUGAUUUAGAACGAUCUCAAAUAGAAGGUAAAGUAUUAACAGCUCUAUGGAAUUACAAGGCGAAAACAGAAAACGAUAUCACAUUUCACAAGGGUGAUAAGAUGAUACUGAUUGAUGAUAGGUAA